AUGAAAGUUGCCGUUAUUUUGCUGGUUGCCAUGGUAAUGAUGAUGAAUCAGGAAACCGAGUCCUGGAGACGAUUUUGGACUCGUAUUGAACCUGUAGCCAGGAGAAUUCCAGUCGUAAGACAAGUUGAAACAGGUGUCAGAGCUGUCGGAAGAGCAGUCAGAGCCGUUGGUAGAUUUUUCAGACGAUGGGGUAAACGAGAGAUCAAAGAUGACGAGUUCGAAGCUGCAUUCAAUGCCGCUGCUGCAGAUGGUAUUUUAUCUGAAGAUGAAAUUCAAUCUGUUCUUGGUGUUUCUGCCGAUGAAUUGGCCGAGUUCAUAGAAAAUUUUGACAUGGAUAACAAUGGCGAGAUAAGUGUGUCUGAAUAUUUUUUUGUAACUGCCUCUUCCGAAGAAGAUGAUGAAGAGUAAAGAUGAAAGAUGGAAGAUGAAAAAGUAGAAGAUUUCGGACCUGAUUAAAUGAAGACAAAAUUUUAUUCCGACAAUAGGCCUAUAUUGAUAAAAAAAAACCAGCAUGAU